AUGGCCAAGGACCUUGCUGCCGUCCUCCAGGCCUCGUCCUCGGCAUUUGUCGUCGCCCUCGUGCCCGAGAGCAGCGGCGGGUCCGGCGGCAGCCGCCGUGGCGUCUCCACCAUCGCAUCCAAGUUCAAGGCUUCGCUCGACGAUCUGCACGACAAGCUGAUGGAGACAGACCCGAUGUUUGUCCGCUGCGUCAAGCCUAACUGCACCAUGACCAAGGGCGGCAUGUUUGAGGACUGGAAAGUCCUCGACCAGCUCAUCUCGGCAGGCAUGGGCGCCGUCAUCGAGAUGCGCAUGGCCGGCUACCCGGUCCAGCGCAACAAGGAGGCCUUUAUCGACUACUUUGAGGAUCUUGUCGACGACAAGGCUGCGCUCAAGGCCAAGAGCCCUGACGACGCCAUCAAGUUCCUCUGCCAGAUGGUGGUCGAUGAGGAUCCCGAGGCUGUCAAGAACCGGACCAACAUGGCACCGUUCCAGGUCGGCUACGACCUCGUCUUUCUCAAAGACAACAUGUUCAAGGCCAUGUCAGCUGCCCGCGACCGCGCGCUCCGCGCCAAAAAGGCCAAGAUGAAGGCCGCGCUCGAGCACUUUCAGGCCCUGCACCGCAUGUGGCUCGCCCGUCGCCGCCUUCCGCAGCUCGUCGAAGAGUAUGAGCGGAUCAAGAAGCGCAUCGAGCGCAAGCGCCAGCUCGUCGCCGAGGGCUACUCGCCCGAGGAGGCCGACCGCAAGAUUCUCGAAGAGGAAGAGGAGGAGCGGCAGCGAAUCAAGGAGGAGUACCGCCAGACCCACCUCGUGCCGUCGCUGCACGCAGCCGAGGGUGCCCUUGCACCGCUCGAGAUCACCCUCAAGUCGCUUGUCGACUUUGCCAACGGCGCCAAGCGUGCCAAGGAGCGUGAGAAGCUGGCCAAGCGCGCCGAGAUCCUCCGCUCGGCGGCCAAGGCGCUCCGCUCGGCCGUCGCUGAGUUUACCAACGACUUUUACUCCAAGGACAAGACCGAGGCGUACAAGGCGGGCGUGGCCAAGGCCGCCAAGUCGCUCACCAAGGCUAUCAAGGAAGAGAACCGCAUGCUCUCGGACGACAAGACCCGCCGCGAGGAGGAGAUGGCCCGCUUGUUGGAGAUGCAGCGGCUCGAGCGCGAGAAGCGGCUCGCCGCCGAGAAGCAGCGGCUCGUCGACCAGGCCGAGGCCGAGCUCGAGCGCAAGCAGGCCGAGAUCAAGGCCGAGCUUGAGCGCCGCGAAUACGAGCGCAACCGCAAGAAGCGCGAGCGCGCUGAGAAGAAGGAGGCCAUGUACAAGGCUCGUCAGGAGCGGCUCGCCGCCGAGCUCGCCCAGCAGGAGGCCAUGCUUGCCAAGAAGAAGGAGGAGGAGGCUGUGAAGCAGAAGCAGAUCCGCCGCGAGCGUCGCAUCAAGGAGAAGCUCUCGCGCCGCCUCGCUGCCCGCACAGAGGCUCUCCGCGGAACCCUCGUCAAGUUUGGCCGCUCGCUCUGCCGCGUCGAGUGGGUCGGCGAGCUGCCGUAUGCUGGCAGCUCGACUUUUGUCGGCAUUGUCACGCCAAAGAAGACUGCCACCGCUCAGGGCGGAUGCGACGGCACCGUCAUGGGCGUGAAGCUCUUUGACUGCCCGCCGGGCCACGGUCUCUUUGUCCGUGGCCACAUGCUGCAUCUCGUCAAGCCGGGCACCCAUGAGUUCAAAGUCGGCGAUCCGGUGUGGCGCAAGGGCUCGUCCAAGAUGGGUGUCGUCCGCUUUGUCGGGCCGACCAAGUUUGCCACCGGAACCUGGGUCGGCGUCGAGCUCGACGUGCCGGGCAAGGGCAAGAACAACGGCUCGGUCAAGGGCGAGGUCUACUUCCGCUGUCCGCCUCGCUGCGGCGUCUUUGUCCGUCCCGAGGACCUGGCCUACGUCAUUCCCUGGACCGACGAGCUCGUCCAGCGCGUCACCGAGGAGUACUGCAUCUACGAGGGCAUUGACUCGGCCUCGGACGAUGAGGACGACGCGGAGGAUGACGAGGAGCUCAAGAUCCAGCUCAAGAUGCUCAAGUCGGCUCCGGUUGAGGUCGACGUUAGCGCCAUCGAAGUCGAGGCGCUGCCGCUCGACUCGUUCCUCGACGAGCUCGACGAGAUGUGA